AGGGAGAGUUUUUCAUCGCACAUUGCACAGCACACGUUCUUAUUUGUUAAUCCCAACCAACUUCUCUCACCUACUCUCUCUCUCUCUCUCUCUCUCUCUCUCACAGAGUAAAGAAAAAAAAAACGGAUAGAAAGUUCAUCAGCUUUGGUACCAAAGACUGCAUCUUUACGGACAGACAGUUGCAUCUUGCUUCACCAAGACAUCAUUUUCCAGGAAAAUGUGCUGACUUUCUCCCAUUUUCUGGGGAAAUUUGCCGAAAACGAAUCUGGGUUGUGCUUAGAAUUGCUUGUCCGACAAUGGGUAAUCGAUUUAUUUGCAUGUCAAGGAAGGACACCAAAGAAAAUGGAUCGAGAAGCAAGAGAAUGAAUCGCUCGCAGAGGAAACUGAUCGCGGAGGAAGACUUGCUGCACAGGCAAGCUCUGUCUAUGGUUCUUCAACAACAUCAAUCGUCGCAGAGGUUUGACGGAUCCAUGUCCAGGAGGAUUGGGGGGUCCACAAGCUCCAGGAGACUCGCCUCUGAUCCAUUGACUAAUGUGAAGCAGGGACCAGAAUUUUUGGAGAAGCUUACGUCAAAAAAGUUCAUUCUUGUACAUGGAGGAGGAUUUGGGGCAUGGUGUUGGUACAAAACAAUUGCUCUACUAGAGGAAGCGGGAUUGCUUGCAAUCACUUUUGACCUCAAGGGUUCUGGUAUUGAUCUCACAGAUACGAACUCUGUAGCUACGCUGGAAGAGUAUUCGAAGCCUUUGAUUGACUAUCUACAAAAUCUUCCAGAGGAUGAAAAGGUCAUCUUGGUUGGUCACAGUAGUGGGGGUGCCUGUGUAUCUUAUGCACUGGAGCACUUUUCUCGGAAAAUUUCAAAAGCGGUUUUCAUCUGUGCUACUAUGGUGUCUGAUGGCCAGAGACCCUUUGAUGUGUUUGCUGAAGAGCUUGGUUCUGCAGAACAAUUUAUGCAGGGAUCAAAGCUUUUGAUUCAUGGGAAUGGGAACGAAAAGCCUCCUACAGGAUUCAUGUUUGAGAAAGAGCAGAUGAAAGGGUUAUACUUCAACCAAUCUAAUACGAAGGAUGUUGCUCUGGCCAUGGUUUCCAUGAGACCUAUCCCACUAGGUCCGAUCAUGGAAAAACUGUCUUUGACGCCUGAAAAUUAUGGAACUAGCCGGCGGUUCUUCAUUCAAACACUAGACGAUCGGGCACUGUCACCAGAUGUCCAAGAAAAGCUAGUGAGGGAAAACCCACCGGAGGGAGUGUACAAGAUAAAAGGGAGCGACCACUGCCCGUUCUUCUCAAAGCCACAAUCAUUGCACAAAAUGCUGGUGGAAAUUGCUCAAAUUCCGUAGCUUCUUCACAAGUAUCACGAAUGGGAUUCCUUUAUUUUACAUUCCAGUUACAGAACAAAACAUAGAUGAUUGAACAGUUCUCUACGAAGUCGAAGGCCAUAGUUGUAUGUAGAACACGGCGGCCGAAUUGGAUCCUUCAAUUUCUUUUUAGUUAGCAUAUAGAUCAAAAGAAAUUCUCUGGUUA